UGCAUGUGACGGAAGGGGGGCAGUGGGAGGCGCAAACUGGUCCAACUGGUGUAAAAUCGAAAGUAACGUGCAGAAGGAAAUACACGAACUACAAGCGUCGUCAUGUCGAAGGCAUCGAACCUGAGGAUCAGACCCGAGGCUGCAGGGAAGGUGGAGAAGGUCCAGCAGCACCUGCACCGUGAGGCAGAGAAUCUCUUCUCCACUGUCAUCCCAAAGAAGAUAACUCAGCUGGAUGCUCUGCUCCAGGACGGUGCCUUGAACGUGGACGCGUCCUCACUCCUGGCUCCGCUGGACAUCCCCAUACCUGACCCCCCCUCAGCAGAGGAGGAAAUGGAGACCGACAAGGAUGAAGACGGCGAGAAGAAGAAGAAAGCUCCAAAAUGUGGCUUCAUCAAGGGGAACGAGAAGAUCAUGUUGGCUUUGGACAAAGUGAAACCUGAGAUCGUUGCCUUCAGGGGGAUCAUCACCACGGUUUCCUGCUGGAUUCAACAUCUCAUCCCCAAAAUAGAGGAUGGAAAUGACUUUGGAGUCGUCAUUCAGGAGAAAAUCUUGGAGAGAAUCGCUGCUGUGAAAACCAAAGUUGACGGUUUUCAAACAAACAUCAACAAGUACUUCUCAGAAAGGGGAGACGCUGUCGCCAAAGCUGCUAAAGAAACUCAUGUGAUGGACUAUCGCUCGCUCGUCCACGAGAAAGACGACAGCAUCUACGCCGAAAUCAAAGUGAUUGUUCUCGACCUCCGCGGCUUCUACGUCGAGAUUUUUGACAUCGUCAACAAGAAUCUGGACAAGGUGACCAAUCCGAAAGGAGAGGAGAAGCCGUCCAUGUACUGAAGCUGGAGGUGAUGAAGAGGAGGGACACAUUCUUCACAGCUGGAUCUUCAACCUCACUCGACUCUCGGCUCAGAGAGUUCCACUCGGUUCAAUAAACAUGAGUUUUAACAUUUUCACUGAAUUCAACUUGUCCAAAUGCAAAACUGCAAUAAAAAAUGAAGAAAGAA